AUGUGUCUUCUAAUGGAAUACUGGUGCUCUUACCCGAGAUGUUUUUUGAACGCCAUGGAAUGAACAGUGUGCUGAACGGGAAAGCGGAGUUCAGUAGAUUAUGUAAUCCAGGUGUUUAUUAGACAACUAUCUUAGUUGUUUUGAAGUAUGUCUCUCCUAUGCGUUACGGUGAGAAGAGCUGCUUUGGUUGGCCCUCCAAAUCAAUUUAAUGUUUAUGUUACAUUAAAAUUGCAAAGUGUGAAAUCUUCAACGAUUUCAGUAAAGGGUAAUAACCCUAGCUGGGAACAAGAUUUCAUAUUUGAAACCAACAGAAUGGAUAUUGGACUUAUCAUCGAAGUAUGGAACAAAGGAAUGUUUUGGGAUAAACUUCUUGGUACGCAGUGGUUGCCACUGACCAGAAUAAAAUACACAAAUGAGUGUGGGGAGGGUCAGUGGCUUUCGCUUGAUCAAGAAUUGGUCAUGGAAGAAGGUGAAGUGGUUGGAACCAAAGUGCCUACUGGACAUAGCCUUCUUCUCGAGGCUCAUUUUGAACUUCCAUGUGACAUAGAAGACCUUGAGGAGGCAGAGCUCAUGAAAAAGCUUGAUAUUUUGAACCAUAUUUUGGGCCAAGAGAUAUCAAGUCUAAGGGAACAAGAUAGAAGACAUAAUUUUUCACUUAACUCCGGCGUCUCUGAAGAUAGUGAUUAUACUAGUGAUGUCAGUUACCCUACGGUUCAACACCCAAGUGCCUCUGUUCACCAUCCCAACAGCUCGGCGUCACAAUUCGGUGGAGCUGCAGAGAUAACUCGCAGGGCUUCCGAGUACUCUUCGCGAGACGGGGAGAAAGCUAAGUAUAUAGAACCUGGAAAUAGUUAUGAAACUGAUUAUGAAGGUCAUUCUGUAAAUUCUAGAGAUCGAAAUGAUUAUAUCGAUAGGAAUUCUAUUGAAGAUCCCUUGUAUUAUAACAGUCGACCAAAUAAUCGAAUGAAUUCACACAGCACUGAUAGAUCCCGCUCAACUAGGUCUACAUCUGGAUAUGAUAAUAGCCUUAGCUUAGAUUAUGAAAGUGAUGUGCGUUAUUCAUUCGAAACAGACAGAAGCUCGAGACAUUGUCAUUUUGAGGAAGAAACUAUUGAUAAUGAAACUGAUAAAAGGAAUUUGGAACGUUUUCAACGUUCUGAUAGGCGUCGUAGUUUAGAGCGUCAGACUGGAUUUGAUGAAUCCCUUCAUGACCGUUUCAUUGAACAGUUCAAUCAAGAUGAUUAUGGUUAUCGGGACAGUCCUGAAACUUAUCCUCAGAGUAGUUUUGAAAGUUAUCCAAGUGUUAGAGAAGAUUCUGUUUCUACAGAUUGGGAAAAAGGUAGUCGAUAUACAUCAUCACAUAGCUAUGCAGAUUCAGAUGCAUAUUACAUGCCAGAAUGGAAUGGCAAACCAGAACCACCUCCUAUUAAAACAAGUGGCAAAUAUAUAUCUGAAGAACCUCGAACUGAUUGGAGUCAGGUUAAUGGGACAAUUCCAGUUAGAAGUAAUAGAUCCAAGCCAGAGCCAGAAGAUUGGCAUAAUGAUAGCACUGGCAGUGAAUGGAAUAAAAGGAGUUUUGAAACUGACUACAAAGAGAGUCCUAGAGGAGGGGAAUGGAAUAAGGAUAUUCCCAUUAUUAAAGAAACACCUGCUCAUGGUAGAAACAGUUGGGUUGAUGAUGUUCCUCCAGUCAUUGAAAGGCUUCCUCCAGAACAUGGUAAAACAAAAGAUCGUUGGAAUGGUCAUCCUGCCAAUGUAGAUGUUGACAGAUGGAAUUCUCAACCAGUUGAACCACCUGUUCAACCAAAUGAUAGGUGGAAUGGCUCAAAAUUAGAACCUGUUAAAGUUUCUGAAAGAAGGAAUAGCCAUGUUUUGCCUCCUAUAAAGAAUGGUACACAGUGGAAUGAUCAUCCAGCUGAAGUAAAAAUAAGUGAUAGAUAUACUAUGGCUGAACCUUUAAAUAAUGAAGAUCGGUGGAUUGGCCACACUACAGUUGAACCAAUUAAAAAUGCUGAGCAUUGGAAGAGUCAUGCAGUUGAAUCUAUAAAGAAUGGUUGGAGUGAAGAAACGGUAGUUGAAGAAUGGUCUGAAGAACCUAUGACUAAUCAUCAAAUUGACUCUGUAAUUAGUAAAUGGCAAGAUGAUAAUGAACGGAAUGAGUGGCUGCCUGCUGAAGAAAGUUUUGACAAAGAGGACAUACCUAAACCAGAAUUUCCAGAUAUUAGGGAAGAAGAACUCCCAGAAGAUGAUCUAGGACCAGAAAAUGAUUUAGUAUAUAAGUCACCUCAUAGAGACUCAGUAGUGACUCAUAGAGAAACAGAGUAUGAAAAUAAUCUAACUGUUAAUAAUAAGGAAACUGAUAUAGGGAGGGAUAGGAGACCUAGUGUAAUGUCAAAUAAAGGAGUGCCUCCAUCUUUAGAUUUGUCAGAAAUGAACAAUGAAAUGAUCAUGCCAAGAAAUGAUGUUCCUGAACUGACUAUUGAUGAUGGCGAUCCUACUAUGUCAAGAGCUAAGCGUCGCUGGAUCACUGCCUUCAAUAAAAUAGUGACUCAGCUAAAUGAGUUCAUUGUCUGAUAGAUUUUGGCAAAGCACGAAAGGGCUUCUACCCGAUGCCGAAGAGGAGGUGAAAGUGUUUAUAGGAAAUCUUCUCAUGUUCACAUUACACAGCGGAAAAAUUACAAAAAAUCAGUGAAGUCUAUUUGUC